AUGGCUAGGAAGCGUAUACCGUGUGGGCCUUUUGAGAAGUUCAAUGAAGUUUUAUCUUUAUGUUGGAAGAUAGAUGUUCCUUUCAAAAUCAAGACGUUUGGUUGGAGGUUUUUUGUGAAUAGACUUCCUUUCAAGGAUUUACUAUCGGUUAGAGGUAUAGUGUUACCACCGGAUAAUUUAAGGUGUGUUUUUUGCGGUAUUGAUCCGGAAAAUCGCGAUCACUCUUUUUUGAAAUAUAAAGGUGUGGAGGUGGUGUGGAGAGAUAUCUCUUCUUGGAUUGGGAAGCCUUGGAGGGUAAUGGAUGAAGAGUGCAAAGCUUGUUUCAUGGAUUGGUAUUCUUUUUGUAAAAAGAAAAAAGUGAAAGUGAACAAAUUAGGUGUAGUGUGGAUAACUACUAUGUGGAUUCUUUGGAUUAGUAGGAACGGUAUAUGCUUUCGGAACGAAGUUUGGGAUGUGAAUAAUACAUUGUGGAAGAUUAAAUCUUUGUUGUGGAAAUGGUCUUUUUUUGGAGAAAUUACUCACCCCAUUAGUAGCUUUUACGAGUUUAACAAGGAUCCGUUGUUAUUCCUAUCGUAA